AUGUCGAACGCCGAUUUCGACCAGAUCAAGAAGCUGCAGCAGGAGCGCAAUGCGGCGGCCGCGGCCAGAAAGGGGGCCUCCCUCGACCCGUCCAGCCAGCGCGUCGGCUCGUCGACCAAAGUCAAGCUGACGGACACGGUCGAUACGGAGCUGUACGGCACGGGCGAGGACAAGUUUGCCGGCUAUCACACAUCGCUGCCGGCGGGCAACGGCGACGACGACGACGACGACAUGCCCGAUGCCUCGGCAGACCGCUCGCGGCGGCUCGUCGGCCAGUACACGGCAACGCGUGCCCAGAUCGACGAGUUUGCGCGCGGCGCGGGCGUCGAAGAAGAGGACGUCCUGCUGAGCCGCGGCGAGCGCAGCAACCGCAUCGCCGACCGCGAGACCGACUACCAGAAGCGCCGUUUCGACCGCGUGCUGACGCCGACGCGCGCCGACCCCUUUGCGGCCAACCGCAACGCCGGCGCCACCGCCACCGCGUCGUCGAAUGGCGAGCCCAAGGCCGAGGGCUACCGCGAGAUCAUGGAGCGGCGCGAGAUUGAGCGCGAAGAGCAGCGUGUGCGGCAGGCCAUUGAGGCGAAGCGCCGCGAGGCCGCCGCGAACGGCGACGGCAGCGGCGACGACGGCGCCAGGGCCACGGAGCACAAGCCAACACUCACCUACCCCGACAAGGAGAACGAAGAGGCCGGGUCCACCGAACUGGCCGCGGGCCGCAAGCGCAAGAAGCGGUGGGAUGUCGCGGAUCCGGCGGCCGCAGGGGCCGUCGUCAAGAAGGAAGAGGCCGAGCCCGACACCAAGAAGCGCUCGCGGUGGGACCAGGCACCCGCCGUUCCAGGGACAGCAGCAGGCGCCGUCGACACAAAGAAGCGCUCCCGCUGGGACCAGGCACCCUCGGCCACGCCCAUUGGCAACACCGCGGGCCUCGUCACGCCGAUGCACCCGUCCGAGGGUACUGGUGCUGGUGCUGGGGCCGGUGCCGGUCUGCCGGCGAUGAUCGGGUUUGGCAACGACCUGUCCGCGCGCAACGCGCCCAUCAGCGACGAAGAGCUCGACGAGAUGCUCCCCGGCGCCGACGAGGGCUACAAGAUCCUCGAGCCGCCCCCGGGCUACGCCCCCACGCGCGCGCCCACCCACCGCAUCGUCCAGACCCCGGCCCCCGCCGCCGGCUUCACCAUGCAGGACCCGGACAGCAGCCGCAUGAACGGCGCGCCCGUGCCCAACCAGAUCCCCGGCAUGUACGACCUGCAGUUCCUCAAGCCCGAGGACGUCGCCUACUUUGGCAAGCUGUCCGACGGCGCCAACGAGGACACGCUAAGCGUCGAGGAACUCAAGGAGCGCAAGAUCAUGCGCCUGCUCCUCAAGGUCAAGAACGGCACGCCGCCCAUGCGCAAGACGGCGCUGCGCCAGCUCACCGACAACGCGCGCAGCUUCGGCGCGGGGCCCCUCUUCAACCAGAUCCUGCCGCUGCUGAUGGAGAAGUCGCUUGAGGACCAGGAGCGCCACCUGCUGGUCAAGGUCAUCGACCGCAUCCUCUACAAGCUCGACGACAUGGUGCGGCCGUACGUGCACAAGAUCCUCGUCGUCAUCGAGCCGCUGCUCAUCGACCAGGACUACUACGCCCGCGUCGAGGGCAGCGAGAUCAUCUCGAACCUCAGUAAGGCCGCCGGCCUCGCCACCAUGAUCAGCACCAUGCGGCCCGACAUCGACCACGUCGACGAGUACGUGCGCAACACGACCGCGCGGGCCUUUGCCGUCGUGGCGUCGGCCCUCGGCAUCCCCGCGCUUCUUCCGUUUUUGCAGGCCGUCUGCCGCAGCAAAAAGUCGUGGCAGGCCCGGCACACGGGCGUCAAGAUUGUGCAGCAGAUCCCCAUCCUCAUGGGCUGCGCCAUCCUGCCGUACCUCAAGCGGCUGGUGGACUGCAUCGCGCCCUGCCUCAACGACGAGCAGACCAAGGUGCGCACGGUGACGAGCCUGGCCAUUGCGGCGCUGGCCGAGGCGUCCAACCCCUACGGCAUCGAGAGCUUCGACGACAUCCUGAACCCGCUGUGGACGGGCGCGCGCAAGCAGCGCGGCAAAGGCCUGGCCGGCUUCCUGAAGGCGGUGGGCUACAUCAUCCCGCUGAUGGACGAGGAGUACGCCAACUACUACACGAGCCAGAUCAUGGAGAUUCUGCUGCGCGAGUUCUCGUCGCCCGACGAGGAGAUGAAAAAGGUCGUGCUCAAGGUGGUGUCGCAGUGCGCGAGCACCGAGGGCGUCACCGCGGGCUACCUCAAAGAGCACGUGCUCGACGAGUUCUUCAAGGGCUUCUGGGUGCGCCGCAUGGCGCUCGACAAGCGCAACUACCGCCAGGUGGUCGAGACGACGGUCGACAUUGGCCAGAAGGUCGGCGUCGGCGAGAUCCUCGAGCGCAUCGUCGCCCACCUCAAGGACGAGAGCGAGUCGUACCGCCGCAUGACGGUCGAGACGGUCGAGAAGCUCGUGUCGUCGCUGGGCGCCGCGGACAUUGGCGAGCGCCUCGAGGAGCGGCUCGUCGACGGCAUCCUGCACGCCUUCCAGGAGCAGACGGUCGAGGACAUUGUGAUGCUCAACGGCUUUGGGUCGGUCGUCAACGCCCUCGGCGCGCGCUGCAAGCCGUACCUGCCGCAGAUUGUCAGCACCAUCCUGUGGCGGCUCAACAACAAGUCCGCCACGGUGCGCCAGCAGGCCGCCGACCUCAUCUCGCGCAUCGCCAUGGUGAUGAAGCAGUGCGGCGAGGACGCGCUCAUGGGCAAGCUGGGCAUCGUGCUCUACGAGUACCUCGGCGAGGAGUACCCCGAGGUGCUGGGGUCCAUCCUGGGCGCGCUGCGGUCCAUUGUCACCGUCGUGGGCAUCAGCCAGAUGCAGCCGCCCAUCAAGGACCUUCUGCCGCGCCUGACGCCCAUCCUGCGCAACCGCCACGAAAAGGUGCAGGAGAACACCAUCGACCUGGUGGGCCGCAUUGCCGACCGCGGGCCCGAGUCGGUCAACGCGCGCGAGUGGAUGCGCAUCUGCUUUGAGCUGCUCGACAUGCUCAAGGCGCACAAGAAGGGCAUCCGCCGCGCCGCCAACAACACGUUUGGCUUCAUCGCCAAGGCCAUCGGCCCGCAGGACGUGCUGGCCACGCUGCUCAACAACCUGCGCGUGCAGGAGCGCCAGUCGCGCGUCAACACGGCCGUCGCCAUCGGCAUCGUGGCCGAGACCUGCGCGCCCUUUACGGUGCUGCCGGCGCUCAUGAACGAGUACCGCGUGCCCGAGCUCAACGUGCAGAACGGCGUGCUCAAGUCGCUGUCGUUCUUGUUCGAAUACAUUGGCGAGAUGGCCAAGGACUACGUCUACGCCGUCACGCCGCUGCUCGAGGACGCCCUCAUCGACCGCGACCAGGUGCACCGGCAGACGGCCGCGUCCGUCGUCAAGCACAUUGCCCUCGGCGUCGUGGGCCUCGGCUGCGAGGACGCCAUGGUGCACCUGCUGAACCUGCUGUACCCCAACCUCUUUGAGACCAGCCCCCACGUCAUCGACCGCAUCGUCGAGGCCGUCGAGGCCAUCCGCGUCGCCGUCGGCCCCGGGCUCGUGCUCAACUACGUCUGGGCCGGCCUCUUCCACCCGGCCCGCAAGGUGCGCACCAUCUACUGGCGCGUGCUGUCGGACUGCUACAUUGGCGCCGCCGACGCCAUGGUGCCGUACUACCCGGACCUGGAGGAGGACAGGGUCGACCGGCCCGAGCUGGCGGUGAUGCUGUAG